AUGAAUGGUGUCCGCCGCUUCUUGGGCGGUGCGUCCACCACCACGACACCAUCAACCACCACAACCCCCCUCCCCGCCGUCGCACCCCUCAGCCUCCCCUCCAAAUCCGCAUCCAGCACUCCGUCCAGCAGCCCCGUGCGCGAGAACCCCUCCUUCGAUGCCGCAGUAGCAGUAGCAGCAGCAGCAGCAGCAGCAGGCGCACGCUCGCCUCCGACAACCGCCGGCCUCUUCAUCCGCAAGGAGCGCCAGCGCUCCCAGCCCGACGGCCUCGCCGACCCCUCAUUCGGCGCACAGUCGCAAUCGCAGGCGACAUCGCCCCCGCUGCCGCCAAAGCCCUCGGUCCCGAUGUCGCCCGUCGCGGGGCCGUCGUCCCCGCGCACGAAUCGCAGCUCGAACUUGUCUUUGCGCCGGUCUGUGCUCGCGAGCGAGAGCGCAUAUGGCGGGGGGAAGCGCGCGUCCGAGUUUGUGGACACUCGGGAGGAGCUGCUGAUCAGCUUGUUGUCGUCAGAGGCCGUCGUUGAUAGUCGAGGGUACGAGGUCCUGUCCGCGGAGGACGUCGAGGAGCUCAAAAAGGAACAUCAACUGCUCACCGCGCGCCUCACCGCGCUCACUCAGAAGCUCACCACCGAAACCAAGAUCCGCGACGGCGCCGUGAACCUCGCCAAGAUGAACGCGUCCUACAAGCGUGUCUCCAAACAAACCGCCGACACCGUCGACGCCGCCAACAAGCGCGUCGACGCCGCCCAGCGCGAGCUCUGGCGCGUCGCCGAGCGCGCCGCCGACGCGCACCGCAGGCUCCUCGAGCACCGCGCCGCCGUCCUCAGCCACUCCCUCCGCGCGCUCGAGCGCCGCGCCGCGCCGUCCACCGUCGGCGGCGCGGACACCGACGCGGACGCCAUGGGGUCUGGGUACAGCACGCCGAGCCGCAGCGCGCAGCUCAGCCCGACCUCCUCCGUCGCGUCUGCCGCCGCGUCCGUGUCCGCCAAGGCGCGCUUCGACGGCGCGCACCUGUUCGCGGGGCACGAGAACGCGGUCGCGCCGCGCCGCGCGCGCGGCCCGCUCAGCGCGGCGGAGGUGGGCGCGCUCGAGGAGAAGCUGCGGAGCACGCGCGAGGCGCUCGAGGCGGCGGAGGCGCAACGCGCGGUCGCGGCGCAGGAGCUGGCGAUGGUCCGCGCGGAGAAGCAGAACGCGGAUGCGAUGCUCGGGGUGGAGGCGCAGCGCACGGAGGAGGCGCGCGUGGAUGCGGAGGAGGCGGCGGCGCGUGCGGAGGAGAUGGAGGAGCGGGUGCGUGCGCUCGAGGAGGAGCGCGGCGCGUGGGAGCGGGACAGGCGCACGCUGGACGAGCGCGAGCGCGAGGUCGAGGUGCUGGAGCGGCGGCUCGAGGUGCUGGAGGAGCAGAGCGGCGAGGCGGUGCAGUUGCAGACGAUCGCAGCCACAGCGCGCGCGGAGGGCAACGAGGAGGCGGCGCAGCUGCGGGCGGAGAUGGAGCGCGUGCGCGCGGCGGCGGACGCGGAGCGCGCGCGGUGGGCGGCAGAGCGGGAAGAGUUGGUUGAGCGGCAGAAGGACGAGGUGGACGCGGCGCGCGAGGAGCUGCGCGCACUCGCGCAGGCGCACGACAUUCCGAUGUUCUCGCGCGAGCUGACGCUGUCGGCGCUCGUGACGGGCAUCGGGAAGCACCUGGAGACGCGUGGCGGCGGCGCAGGCAGGCGGGAAGACGUGGAGGCGCGGAGGCGGCUGGAGGCGCAGGCUGAGGCAGAUGCAGAGCAGCGCCGUGCGCUGAUGCAGGAGCUGAGCGCCGCGCGCGUGGACACGAAGGAGCUUGAGGCGCGCCUGAGGGAGCAAGCCGACCGCUUUGCGGAUCUCGCAGCGCAACGCGCACCGAUGUCCCCGGUCGAGUACACCGGCGACGCCGCGAAGAUCGUCGCGAUCCUGCAGCCUGUGUGGGGCAUCCUGCCGUCGCCCGAGGCGCGCGCGAAGAUGAACCCCAGCUCGAGCAGCAGCGGUGUGCGCUUCCGCACGGGCUCGCCGACCGCGGGGCCUACCAGCCCGCGCGCGAACGGGGCCGGGGGCGCGGGCGCGUCGAUCUCGGACAUGGACGUGCGCUCGCUCAAGACGCUCUACACGCCCGCCGCGGCGGCGCCGAACGGCUCUGGCGGGGCCCCGGGCGUCGGCGCGUUCACGGUGGAGGCGUUCGCGGCGCGGGUGCAGGCGCUGGUCGCGGACGACCGCGCGCUGAUCGAGCGGCUGAUCCGGUUCGCGCAGGCGCACGACCUGCUGAAGAAGAACGCAGAGCGCGCGCAGAAGCUCGCGCAGGAGAGCAACGCCGCGCUCGAGACGUAUCAGCGGCAGGUGAAGACGCUCGAGGACCGCAACCUCACGCUCGCGCAGCGCCACGCGGCCAUGCAGGACCAGGUGCAGGAGCUGCAGGAUGCGGUGGAGCGCAUCGCGGCCGAGAAGCGCGACGUGGAGAUGCAGGCGGCGGAGCAGGCCGAGACAUGCCGGCAGCUGACGGACGCGAACAACGCGCUGAGCGCGCGCACGCUCACGCUCGCGGAGGAGGCCGCGGCCGCGGGCGAGGGCGCGCGGCGGCAGGCGGACGCGCAGCUGACCGAGGCGCGCGGGGCGCUCGCGCGCGCGCAGGCGGAGGUCGAGGAGAUGCGCAUGGCGGAGCAGGUGCAGCGCAUUGCGCUCCUGGAGGAGCUCAACUCGAUACAGACGGAGAACGGGGCUCUGCGCGCGCAGCUUCGUGGGAUGGGCAAGAAGUGA